UCACAAACUUGCACCCCAAACUUUCUUAACAGCCAAGACAGUUGAUUCCUUUCCUCUUUAAGGUCGUUGGUGUUUGAGCAAAAUAUAUAAUUUCGAGUAUAAGAAGAUGAAACUGAGACUGAGAAAUUACGAAUCAAAAGAAACGCUAAGAAUCCAAGUUCCAUCUACCUAUACGUUUCUCCAACUCCAGGAAACCCUCUUCCUGUCUCUCCCUCUCCCUCAUCCUUCUCCAUCUUCUCUCCGUUUUUCUCUCAACGCCAAGGACCUCCUCCACGCGCCAUCCCCUCAGGCUUCUCUCCAAUCCCUCGGUGUCGCCCCGGGUGACCUUAUCUAUUUCUCUCUUAAUCCUUUCGCUUUUUCUUCAUUUUCUUUUACUCAGGAUCCUCAAACAGUUACCCUAAUUGAAGAGCCGAAUCAGAUGCCAGAAUCCAGCGCCAAUCAAGAGACCCCAGUUCAAGAAUUGCCUCAAUUUCAAGAACCCAUGGCGAAAGAGUCCGAAGUUUCUCAAGAAACCAAAGAAACCGGUGGACCAGAAUCUAUGGAUACCGAUGCCUUCGCAGUUAGCGAAAGGUUCUCUGAGCCCUAUUUCUUGAGGAAGGUUUUAGGGGAAGAGCUGGGUGAUAAUGGAAGCAUUCACAAGCUCUUGGCGAUUGCAGUCCACGCGGUUUUCUUGGAUUCGGGUUUUGUGGGGUUUGAUCCCGUUUCAAGGCUGCAAAUUGAUAAGUUUCAUUUGCCAGAUGAGUGGUCUUGUCCUGUCUCAAUUUGUUAUUCACUGCCUGAACUUUUGAGGGAUGAUGAUAAUUCUGGUUCUAAUCUGACUGAUUAUGUUGUUUUAAAGUUUCAAACUUUGGGCCAUUUUUGUCAAGUUUAUGGAUCUUUGAUUGGUUCAGGGAUAUAUAAAUUGUCUCUGGAUGAAUAUAGGUUUGCGCCAACCUUGGAUUUAGUGUGGGCAAAUAAUUUUGAGAAUGGUGAUAAGAAGGAUACUACGAACGCUACUAAAGAUGGGUCUUUCAAUUCGUAUCCUGAAAAUGAAGUUUUUGAGUUUUGGAAGAUUGUGAAGGAUGGGCUUGCAUUGCCAUUGUUGAUAGAUAUCUCUCGUAGGAAUGAUUUGUUUCUUCCGGCUUGUUUGAUGCGUCUCCCAACUGAGUUAAAGCUUAAGAUUCUGGAGUCGUUGCCUGGUGCUGAUGUUGCAAGAAUGGGAUGUGUUUGCUCAGAGAUGCGAUAUCUGGCUUCCAAUAAUGAUCUGUGGAAGCAGAAAUUUGAAGAAGAGUUUGCAGAUUGGCCAGGAGGAAUGCGAAUGGGGAAUUGGAAAAAGAUGUUUCAUUCAAUUUGGGAGAGUAGGAAAAAGCAAAAUCAGGCAAUUACCAGGUGGCUAGGGUUUCCUCGUGUUGAUAGACCAUUUUACUUUCCAAUCAGGAGAGAUCCUAAUCCAUUUGGAGUUCAUCCUUUUGUAGUUGGUGGUGAUUAUGACUUCAUGCCAGCAUUUGCUCCUCCUGUUUUUUUACCACCUUUUUUCCCACAUCAGUGUCCUCGACAUCGAGGGCGACGAAAUUUUGGACCUAAUUGUAAUCUUGGAGAAGGGCAUAAUAAUGCAUAGUUGCUGGUGAUUGCAUCACUUGAUCCUGGUUGAGAAUUUUUUUUUUAGGUAUAGCUUUAAAAGAUCAUGUCUCUGUAUGUAUGAACAAGUCUUUUGCAAGAAGUGAAGAAGCAAAAUGAGAAUUUGCAGUU